AUGAGAGUCUACGAGGACAGUUUCUCCGGCCAGAAGAUCUACCCUGGCAAGCUCUACGUUCGUGGUGACAGCAAGAUCUUCCGUUUCCAGAACGGCAAGUCCGAGUCGCUCUUCCUCCAGCGCAAGAANCCCCGCAAGAUCUCCUGGACCGUCCUUUACCGCAGACAGCACAAGAAGGGUAUCUCAGAGGUCGCCAAGAAGCGCACUCGCCGCACCGUCAAGAACCAGCGUGCCAUCGUUGGUGCCUCGCUCGAUGUGAUCAAGGAGCGCCGUUCGCAGCGCCCCGAGGCCCGUGCCGCCGCCCGCGCCGCCGCCAUCAAGGAGGGCAAGGCCAAGAAGUCUGAGUCCGAGUCCGAGAAGAAGGCCAACAAGGCAAAGAACGCCGCCUCUGCCGCAAAGGGCCAGGCCGGCAAGAUCGCCAGCAAGCAGGGCGCCAAGGGUGCACCCGUCAAGGUCGCCGCCAAGUCCCGCUAA